AUGGCCACCCCCCAAGCGGUAGACUAUUCCAGAAUCUUUGGUGUUCAUGAUUCUCUACAGAUGGUGUGGGUCCUGAAUGGAAAUUCUUUAAUAACAACUCCUUUUAACAACAAUGUCAGUCCUGUCAGUCUUGAUUUAAUGACAUGUAUGGACAAAGAAUUCCAUGAUGCAGGAAAAGGCAAUCCAGUUUACUUGGGAAUCAAGAACAACCAUCUUUGUCUUUUCUGUGCAGAAAUUCAGGGCCAGCCAACUUUACAGCUUAAGGAGAAAAAUAUCAUGGAUGUACACAACAAGAAGAAAGCACAGAAGCCUUUUCUCUUUUUCCAUAAUAAGGAGGGCUCCACCUCCACUUUUCAGUCCGUCUCCUACCCUGACUGGUUCAUAGCGACUUCCAAAAUAGCAGGACAGCCUGUCAUUCUCACCAAGGAGAGGGGCAAAGAUUACAUCACUAACUUCUAUCUAGAGCCUCAGGACUAA